ACAAGUGAAGGAAAUUAUUUCGUUCGUCUUGUGGGAAUUUGUAAAUAGAGAAAUAAUGCAGGUUGGAACGGCUCAUAGCUCUCAAAAUCCCAACGAAUCGUGGCUUGACAGUAAAGGGACAUGGCUAACUUACGUCAUACUAAUAGCGAUCGGUCAUCUUGUGAUAUUAAGUGUACCAUUUCUUGACACAGCCACCGCCUGGACUAUUACAAAUACAAUGCAUAACGUAUCCAUGUUUUUACUUCUACAUUACCUGAAGGGUGCUCCAUUUGAAACAUCAGACCAAGGAAGAUCAAGACGGCUGACUCAUUGGGAACAAAUUAACCAAGGAACACAGUUUACUCAGACAAGAAAGUUCUUCACUCUUGUUCCAAUAUUACUGUUCAUGAUUACAAGUUUCUACACCAAGUAUGAUGGAGUUCACUUUACAGUCAAUGCUAUAUCACUGAUUGUGCUGUCACUAAUUCCCAAGUUUCCACAGAUGUACAAAGUCAGGUUAUUUGGACUAAACAAAUACUAAACAAGUAAACAAAAACAAAUAUCAAAAUAUUACUAAAAGCAAUUUUAUAUGAUAGAAUGAGGGCCCUGUAAACAGGGUUUGUGCUMCUCCCAAAAACAUCAAAGGCAAUSUUAAAAAAACAUUCCUUGGAAAUSCUUUAAAAUUGCGUAAAAMRUCCUGGAAUCUAUUGAUGAAAAUGUAGCAGGAACCCUGUGUAAAAGAAAAUGUUCUUGUUUAUAGGCAAGAGUGUAAUAUGUUCAAUAUGUAGAAUUGAACUAGUAAGGUACCUGAAUCUUUUCUGUUUUAUUUGGUUUGAAGUCUUUAGUCACUUGACAUCAGUUUGAUUAUCCAUWAUAUAAUAUAAACUGUGAAAAAGCUAUUUUUAGAUUGGGAAAAGUACUUGCUAAUGACAUUAUAUGUGAUAAUAUACUGUACCCCUAUUAUAGAAUAUUAUACUAUUUGAAAUUCUUAGUAGCGGCCCUACAUGCCACCUAGGCGUAAUAGGAAUGAUGAUGAUGAUAUUAUAGAAUAAUGUUAUAAAUAUAGUGCAUUCACUUUAUUUGUGAAAUGUUUUGUUGACAGAAUUGUGCAAAUGACUACUUUGAUUGUUUUGCCAAGAGCAGUUUAAAUUUGUGCAAUGUCUUCCUAAGUGUUUCACAGAUAGAAUGAAUGAUCUUUACUGUUCAAGUGCUGUCUGAUGUUAAAUCUGAUUUAUUAUUUGUACUAAUAUUAUAAUACUUAACUUGAUUUAAUUAUGACCAUGCAAUUAACAUUAAUUAUGAACAUUGCUGUUAUAAUAUAAUAUGUUAUGAUUAACUAUUGUGUUAAAUGAACAUGCAAGGAUUCAUGUGGGAAACAUUUAAACUAAAGCUUUGCUGUUGUUCUGCUUUUUCAUUGUUGAGGUUACAACAGCAAUGGAAAAGCAACAGCAUCUCUAGCCUUCUUAUCAACAUGCAUGUUAAGUUGUGCUGUGGAACUGCUGUAUUAUAUAGUGUUGACAUUUAAACAUGUUGUACGUCUGACUUAGCUGGUCUGAGUCAGUAAGUUUGAUACUGUAGGACAUGUGUAUUUUGAUAACACUUGCAGUAACUAUAAACAACUGGAACUACAGAUGACUGUAGCURAACCAUGUAAGGACACCAAGUAUAACUUUAACAUUGUUCUCAUUAGAAAGUCUAAUUAAUGUUUAUCUAAAAGAUUAUACUGCAAAACUUGUGUGAUAUGGAGAAUUAAUCUUUGUCAUCUUUAUAGUGAGAAUAGCCUGCAUGCAGGCUUUCAUUGUUAGGGAUGCCUGCACCAAGGCUGUAGUGAGAAAGGAAUUCAUUAUAGAUGCAAUCAAUAGAGUUCAGCUGGAGUGAGUUUCUUUCUUCUUUUAAUGAAUUCCUUUCCUCAAGAAAUAACAAUGUACAAAAGUGUUCUUGCAAUAAGGGGUAAAUACAGUAGUCAUUUGUUACAGUGUUYGUUGGUAAAUCCAGUUCUUACAGUGUAUUUGUCAAUGAGAACAGAUUAAGUUUGAGUAAAGUUGCAAAAUCAGUAAGAUGCUAUAUGCUGCCUGUA